AAUGUCAGAACAAAUAUAAACAAACGAAUUGAGAAUUUUUUAUUUGUAUUUUUUCUUCUAAUCAAUGCAUUCAUUCUUUGUAUGUUUAUAACUACACUUUAUUAAUAUCGUAAAAAAGAACUUAGGGUAUCUUAGUAUGAAUUUAAGGGAUUUUGAAAUAUGCUUGGGGGAAAAAGUUGGCAUCACUAGUUCAUACUACAUUUUCAAUCUAUGAUUGUCAACAGUACAGAUGAAAAAGCUUUUCAAGUAAAAUGUUUAAUGAUAAUGAAUCUUUUUUACUAGAGAAUAUUGAGGGUGUGUGCAGAACAUGUCUCAAUAAAAAUGUAUCAUUAAAUCUAUUUGAAAGUUUUUAUAAAGAUAUAGUAUACAGUGAUUUAUUAACUAAGUUUUCAUUAUUGAAAGUACAAUCAACAGACAAUUUACCAAAAAAUAUAUGCACGAUAUGUGCAGAUCUACUUAUGAAAAUUCAUUCAUUUAAGGAUAAAAUUGAACAGUCGCAAAUUAUAUUGAACAGGUGUUUAAAUGAAAUUAAAAAAAUUGGUCCACAAUCUGCUGAUGAUUUUGAUGAAAGUUUUAAUACAAACGUGGAUAGUGAUGUUUCAGAUUGUAAGAAUCAACAAAUAGAAGAAGGCUCAAAAAAAAAUUUCACUUGCUCUUUCUGUAAUUUGAAGUUUUUUUCAUAUACAGCUUACAUUGCACAUAGAAAAAGUGAAGCGGAUUUGAGAAGAAAAAAACAAACAUGUAGUGUCUGUAAUAAACUAAUCAGUACAUAUAAACUUAAAGAUCACAUGAAUUCGCAUACAAAAGAAAGACCUUAUGAGUGUGAAACAUGUGGUGAGAAAUUCAGGUUUAGAUCAAGUUUAUCUAGACAUAAUUUUCGACAUAAGGAUAAAAAACCCCAUGUUUGUCACAUUUGUGGAAGGGGUUUUAUCCAAGCGCCCACACUUACAGAUCACAUCAGAACACACUUAGGUCAGAAAUCUUGUAUUUGUUGUGUUUGUGGUAAAAGUUUUAUAACCAAACAUGCUUUAGGAAAUCACAUGACUUUACACAAAAUUGGUAAUAACGAAAUUGAUUUAAGUGGUAAUUCAAUCUGUAAAGAAUGUAACAAAACAUUUACAUCUCCACAAGCCCUUAAACAACACAUGUACACUCAUUGUGAAAAAAAAUUUUUGUGUUGUAAUUGUGGAAAGAAAUUCUCCACUAAAACAUUGUUAGAUUCUCAUUUUAAGAUUCACACUGGUGUCAAACCAUACAUUUGCCCAAUUUGUGAAAAAGCAUUUUCCCAGAAAAAUAGUCUUGCUAAACAUAGUCGCAUGCAUACUGGAGAAAAACCUAUUGUGUGUAUUAUUUGUAAUAAAAGGUUUUCUCAACAAAGUCAUCUGACGUACCAUAUGCGACAUCAUAGUGGAGAACGACCCUAUAAUUGUAAAUUUUGUGAUAAAACAUUUAAUCACUCUGGAUCCUUAAAAAUCCAUACCAGGUUACACACAGGGGAAAAGCCUUACACAUGUAAUAUUUGCUCAAAAGGUUUUUAUGAUAGUAGUAGUAUGAAAAAACAUAAAAAAGGGCAUGAUGAAAAUAAAACACAACUUGCUGUUCUAGUCACAAUUUGAUAACAAUUUUUAUAUAAGUUAUUUAAAAAAUAUUUCAUUACAACAAUGUUAAUAAUGAGGAGUUCAUCAAUCAUAUUUUCUAUUUCUCCAUAAUAUAGAGGUUGAGAAAUUUCAGUUUAAUUGUAGCUUUACACCAUUGCAAAUUAGGGUCUAAACAUUUCAUAAUAAUUUGCUUGAAGUGAAAGAAUCAUUUCUGUACUAGGUUUUAAUAUCAGAGCAUUGAUUCCUAACCUGGGGGUAAUUACGCCCCCGGGGGUAAAACUUUUACAGAAGGGCAACAAUUGUUUUUAUCUUUAAUAAAGCCUACCUACGUA